AUGAAGGUGUUGUCUGUGCUGCUGCUCUUGGCGCUGGUGGCGGCGGUCGCCGUUGGAAGACCAAACGACGUUCUGGACAGCCCGGCAGUACGUCAGUCCAGCUCGGACUCGUCUGGUGACUCGGGCAGCUCGGACAGCUCCGAGACUGAGGUCUCCGGUGACUCCAGCUCCAGCGGAGGGUACGGAUCGAGCAGCUCUGAAUCGGAAGGCUCCGGCAAUCCGUGGACGUCGGGCUCGUACGGACCCGGCUAUCCAGGGGUAGGCCCCAACAACCCUGGCCUCGGCCUCGGCAACCGUGACGGCUCCGGAGAUUCCGGCAGCGACUCCAGCGAGUCCAGCGAGUCUGGCAGCGACUCCGGUGAAUCCGACAGCGAUUCUGGUGAAUCUGACAGCGAUUCUGACAGCGAUUGA